GUCAGGCUGCAUGCUCUGGUCCUAGGCCAGCCAGGCAGCUGUGAAUCCAGCGCUUUCCAGGCGCCGAGUUGGGGGAGCCCCCGGCCAACCGGCCUCGUGAUCAUGGGGAAUGGCAUGACCAAGGUACUUCCUGGACUCUACCUUGGAAACUUCAUUGAUGCCAAAGACCCAGAUCAGUUGGGCCGGAAUAAGAUCACACAUAUCAUCUCUAUCCAUGAAUCACCUCAACCUCAACUGCAGGGUAUCAAGUACCUUCGGAUCUCAGUGGCCGAUGCUCCUGAAGUACCCAUCAAAAAGCACUUCAAAGAAUGCAUCAACUUUAUCCACAGUUGCCGCCUCAACGGGGGUAACUGCCUUGUACACUGCUUUGCAGGUAUAUCUCGAAGUACCACCAUCGUGGUCGCCUAUGUGAUGACGGUGACUGGACUAGGCUGGCGGGAAGUACUUGAAGCCAUCAAGGCCAACAGGCCCAUCGCCAACCCAAACCCAGGCUUUAGGCAGCAGCUUGAGGAAUUUGGCUGGGGAAACUCCCAGAAGCUUCGCCGGCAGCUGGAGGAGCGCUUCGGGGAGAGCCUGUUCAGAGACCAGGAGGAAUUGCGCACGCUGCUGCCUCUCUACAGGCGCUGUCGCCAGGGUUCUGCGACCUCCGCCACGUCGGCCACAGCGUCCGCCGCCGCUUCCGAAGGGACCCUGCAGCGCCUGAUGCCGCGAUCGCCACGAGAUGCCCACCGUCCGCUGCCGCUGCUAGCACGAGUCAAGCAGACUUUCUCCUGCCUCCCGCGGUGCCUGUCGCGCAAGGGCGGCAAGUGAGCGCCGGUCCUCAAGCCACAGCCCUUCGCCGGUGGGCGACCGGGCUUUCCCGCAUCCCGGACGCACCCAGAGCCGGUUGGAACCUCGCCCAUGCCCAAUGCCCACCACGCCUGUCUGCGUCCGUCCUCCGUGUCCCCUCUGUGAGUCCGUAUUCCGCCGCCCUGCUUCAAGCCACCUGGUGCCUUAGUCCUUGGGCCCGGGGGAGGGGUCCUAGGCUUCCACUCCAACAGGCCUCCACUCAGACAGUCAGGGCGCUGCAGGGAAGAUCGGGUAGGGCGGACCAGCCUGGAGGAAAUUAAAGAGACGCGGACGUUGCCUGGCCCGGUACCUCUGGUCAAUCCUCAGAGCCUGGGUUCUGCAGCCAGCAGGAGGCAGGGCGGGCGCCCCUUCCAGGGGCCCAGGAGAGACCCCGUUCUCCAUCAAUCUGAAGAGCUGAAUUCCAAGACCAUGCCCUUCUGUGCCGCCCCUCCCUCCACCCCCAUCCCUUCCACAUCCCUGGACUCCUGACACCGUCCCUGAACCUUUGUUUUUUUUUUUCUUUUUUUUUUUU